AUGCUCGUAAUCCUGUUACCGUUGGACUUUGCCAACUUGGCAAGCAAUGGACUUGUGGUGCCCGGUACCAUAGAAGGGACAGUCAGGCUGCAUAAACGGCGGCUGAACUCGUGGAGUGACGAGGAGAAUCAGCACCUCUCUCUCGACAGCACCUCGUCUGAUGCAUCCGACGACGGCAUCUUCUCUACCAUCCCGGAGGAGCUCAUCUCCCCCGCCGCCCUCGUAUUUGUUGGCUUCACCCACCAGAAGGCGGAGGAGUUGUGGGCAAUCUGGCCCGACUGGCCUACAGACGUAACUCUGAAGCCAGCCCGCGAUAUCGAUCCUACCAAAGACUUUGGCUUGCUGGUGGCCGCAUUCAUGGACCUGAUGGACUGCAGACUUGACGUCAGGCCAGAAGACGAGCCGGAAACCCUUGAUGAGUGGGAGGCGACGCUGCAGAGACUGGGGCUCUCUGACGAGGCUCGGGAAGCGAUUCUCGACCCCCAUUUCGAAUACCUCCGUCAAUCCGAGUCAUGCAAGUUCUGGGCCAAGGACACUGCUCGGAUGCGUUUCGCCGCGCUAUCAGACAUCAAGAGAGCAUCGAUGGAAAGGGAGAAGGUUCUGCGUCGUGAAUCCUCCAGAUCCGGCCCUAGUGGUAGCUCCAGCGCGAGCCGCGGCCAACCCGCAUCGUCGACUGUAUUGAUCAGGCCCGUGCCUCGGGAUCUUCUGGAUCACACAGGGGCCAUCGCCAGGCUCAGCCCAGUCGGCAGCUUUCCCCCGACAGACUUCACUGGGACCAGGCGUUUCUUUUACUUUGCAACCGACUACAGCACUGCCGAGUACUACGCAUCGUUUGCUAAACGGAGACCAGAGGGCGGUGCAGUCGUAAUCCUCCACGUGACCAUCCCGAACUGCGAAAUCAAGAGACUUGGAGAUUCGGAGAAGCUUCGUGUGACCUGGCCUAGCGAUGAGUGGAAACAGCUCAUCUGGGGGAGCCGCAGAGGAGGAAAGCCGAGAAGUCAGCUUACAAAGUACCAGGAUGCGACUUUGAUUAUAGGCACAAUGUCCAGAAAGCCUAAAUUCAGGUACGAGGAACUGGGGAGCUGGGAAGAAAUCACCGAGGAAUACGUCUUCAUGUCCGGUAGGGUCCGCGACGACAGGACGAGAACUCCCCUCACCCAAUACGCCUUUUCAAGCGAUGCUGGCGAAUAUUUCCUCGAGGAACAUGCGGAGAUCACCAUGGAGCCGUUUACUGGCCCUCGACUCGGCGCUUGGCUACGUCAUCUGGCGGCGCAGACGGGUGAGCUCGGAUUCGUCGCAAGGGAGAGCGCGUGCCCGGCGCCGGGCAGCCUCGGUUCCGAUGACGUCCUGUUCAACAGCUUCAUCGACAAGAAGCUGCCACAAGGGUGCAAUCUCGUCGUCAAAGUCGGGACCAGCAUCGUCGGGCGGAUCCCCUCGAAAGAAAUGGACUCAAGCGACCCCGCCGCUUUGAAGCCCCCUAUCAGUCUGUGA